GCUGACGGACCGGGGAAUCCCCGGGGGCGGGACUCCGGAAGCCGCCCGGGGGCCUCUGACCUGCGUGGAACACGCACAAUUUUUGUUUUCCUGCCAGCUCCAAAUUCCCGCGGCCGGGUUAGUCCGGCGUGGGUGUGUGGAAAGCGGAAGCAGCUGCUGGCGCUGUCUCCUCGUCUGGGUGCUUAAUCCUCGCCCGCCAUGUCCGGGGGCUUCGAGCUGCAGCCGCUGGACGGCGGCCCCCGGGUGGCCCUGGCGCCCGGGGAGACGGUGAUCGGCCGCGGGCCGCUGCUGGGAAUAACAGACAAAAAGGUGUCCAGAAAGCAUGCCAUUCUUGAGGUGGUGGGUGGUCAGCUUCGAAUCAAGCCGAUGCAUACAAAUCCAUGCUUUUAUCAGUCUUCUGAGACAGGCCAGCUCUUACCGAUGAAGAGAAAUCUAUGGUACUGGUUGCAUCCUGGAGAUAGAUUUUCUUUGUUAGGUGACAAAUACACUUUCCUUGUUUUCACUACACAUUCUGAAACAGAUCUGGAAUGUACCUUAAUAAACAGUCAAAAAUUUGAUGAAGAUGAUAUGUUGAAUGAAAUACCAAAGUCUCCUGUGAUUAAUUUACCUGAAAAGACAACUGGUACCUCACAGCUGGAAAGGAGCCCAGAAAUAACCAAGAGCCAGACUUCCACAAUUAAUAGCCUGCCUUUCCUAGGUGAAUGUAGAACAAACCCUGCCCAGAGGAAAAGAAUCCUUCCAGCUUGGAUGUUAGCAGAAAAUAUGAGUGAUCAAGACCUUUUAGCACCUGUUGUCAGUGGAGAUAAUCAUAUCAUCCAGGAAGAUGGAAAAGAAGGGAUCUGCAAAGAAAACACUCUACUAGAUAUGACACAGAAAGGCAGAAAACAAUUAAUUUCAUCAGGAAAUUCAGAAAGUAUAUCAGCAGAACAAAACUCAGGAAAAAAGUAUAAAAAUAUUGAUCAAGAAGAGCCUGUCAUUUCAUCCAAGGAAAUACCAGACUCAUUUUCUCCAAUUACAUUAAAUAAUAUAAAUAUGAGUAGUAUAAAGACUAAUGCACAGAGACACAAAAUUGUAGUUGAACAUAAAGUUGUGACUAAGGAAACACCAAAUGAAGAGGACAAGGCAGCAAGCUGUUCUAAGAGUUGUUUGAGUGUCCAAAGCAAGUUGUUCCCCACUGAGUCUGACAGAUGCCAUCUGGAUUCUGGCUCUGAUCCCUCCAGUCCUCAAACUUUUCAUACAAAGACAAUGGAUUCACUUCCACAAGGCUCACAAGGAAACAAGGUCAUGAGGACAUCCUGCAUGUAUGGGGCAAACUGCUACAGGAAGAAUCCUGUCCAUUUCCAACACUUCAGCCACCCUGGCGACGAUGACUAUGGAGAUGUACAAGUGGUGGAUGAAGAAGAAGCUGAUGGCCGGCCUGAAUGCCCCUAUGGAGCCUCUUGCUACAGGAAGAAUCCCCAGCACAAGAUUGAGUAUAGACAUAGUACAAUUCCAGCGAGAAACAUUUUAGAUGAAGGUAAUGAUGCGCAGCCCAAUGAGUAUGACCUGAAUGACAGCUUUCUAGACGAUGAGGAGGAAGACUAUGAACCAACAGAUGAAGACUCUGACUGGGAGCCGGGGAAGGAAGAUGAAGAGAAGGAAGAUAUGGACGAGCUUUUGAAAGAAGCAAAAAUGUUUAUGAAAAGAAAAAAAUAACCAUUUUUCUGUUUCCUUUAUGGGAAAAAGUCAGAAACUAAAGAGGUGCUUUCCUUCUUUGAUAGUUAUGACUUUUACCAUUGACUUCUUUGCAUCAAAACAAAACAUUGAAAUGCCUGUCCUCUUUGAAGUGAUAGACUGUAUUCCAUUGCCCCCCUCCCCCAUUUCAGGCACCUGGAAAUGAAGCAGAGAGAUUAAAGAGUAAUAAUAUUUUUCACAUACUUUCACAUACUUUAUAUUGCUAAU